UCAGAGGUUAAAUCCAUUAUCAUCAAGGCAGGAACAUGGCAGCAUCCAGGCAGGCAUGGUCCAUGAAGAGCUGAGAGUUCUACAUCUUCAUCUGAAGGCUGCUAGUAAAAUACUGGUUUCCAGGGAGCUGAAAUGAAGGUCUUAAAGCCCACACCCACAGUGACACACGUACUCCAACAAGGCUACACCUCCAAAUAGUGCCACUCCCUGGACCAAGCAUAUACAAUCCAUCACAAUAAGCAAACUGAAAGGAGCCCUCACACUAUACCCCAACUUGCUCUUUUGCCCCCUCCUCACAACCAGCAAGCUGACCUGUUAGAACUUUCCACACUAAUUUCCUUAGCCUAAAACUCCAUCUGCCCAUGUGUCCACAAAACUCAUAAAUGCUUCUAAGGCCAUCCUACAUACUCACUCACUGACUUAUUCAUAGCUUCUGAACCCUUGGCCAUGAUUUAGAAAGACAGUGACAGGGGAGCACAUGACAGCAGAGCUGCCGAGAAAGACCUGCUCUUGCAUUAGAGCUGAUAGAAACAGAACCAACAGGGGUACUAGCAGCCUUGUUUGGUCUAGUAGCUAGGGUUCCAGAAAGCAAGAAGUGGGAAAUCAGAGUGUUGUUAUUAUCGAGUAACCCCAGUUGACUAGCAAUACUCUUUGCCUCCCAUGCCUGAAUGCUCUGCUCUGCUGACCCAGGGGUCUGGUGCCCAAGGUAAGAUGCUUGAAUGCUUCUGCUAGGAGACAAUGGUUCCAUUCAACCAGCAGCUAAGAGUGUUCAGCCCUUUUAGGUCCCUCACGGCACUGAAGAAACUGGCAAAGAAGGGAAUUGCUGUGCUGUCCGGGUGACAGAUGCUCACUACUAAAGGGAAGUUGGAGGCGAGGAAGUGUCUGGAUUCUGGACCACUCAGCACACUUGUCAGGAUCACCACCAUGUCUUAUGACCAGCUUCGGCAAUGAGCUAAAGACAGUGCAGCUGAGACAGAAGAACAAAUGGCCCAAACCCAUUAGGAGUAAAGGUCCAGGCCAUCCUACCAGGUGAAGACCCACAACUGGCUGGACUAAGGCAGUUCUAGCAACCAAUACUGGCCAUAUGGACUGUAGUCAAGAGUGUUUCAUUUUUUUUUUUUUUUUUGAGAGAUUUCAAGGGAUUGACUCAUGAGGUUGGGAAAGCUGGAGGCUCAAAGUCUACACAGUAGGACAGCAGGCUGGAUAGAAGGGACAGCCGACAUUGCAGAUGGGGUCUGGAAGUAGUUAGCUGGAGGAAUUCCUUCUUCAGAGGCCAGGUGUUUGGUUUCUUGUUUGUUUUGGGAGGUGGCUUCAAAUCAUUUAAUAAAACCCAUUAUCAGCUUUUAUGAGUCUACAGACUCUUAAAACUACCUUCACAGCAAUAUCUAGGUUAGUAUUGAAUGAAAAUACCUAGGUAUCAUUAGCUAAAUUAACAUUAAUUGGCAUGUGGCUGGAUAAUGGACAUGUAUGCCUUGGAGGAAGAGUGAAUGGAUACAUUUACUGAUUAGAUGUAGGGGUCUAAGAAGAUGGUUUGUCCCCCAAGCAUAAUGCUUUUUACUCCAGAUGGGAAGACUGUAGCAACAGUCACAGAUGAGGGUGGAGGCUUUGAAUUUUGAGCAUCUUAAAAUUCUAUACCAUAAGACUUCUUUUUUUUUUUUUUUUUUAAAGAUUUUAUUUAUUUAUUAUAUGUAAGUACACUGUAGCUGUCUUCAGACACUCCAGAAGAGGGAGUCAGAUCUUGUUACGGAUGGUUGUUAGCCACCAUGUGGUUGCUGGGAUUUGAACUCUGGACCUUCGGAAGAGCAGUCGGGUGCUCUAACCCACUGAGCCAUCUCACCAGCCCACCAUAAGACUUCAUAAAGGAAUCUGGUUACAAUUCUAGGGCCUGAGGUUGGGGGAAAAGCAGGUUCAAGCUCUAGUAAAAGCUGUCUUUUCUGUGGGCCUUUUGUAAGAGCCCCACUCAAUUCCUAAGUUAUGGUAAAUCCUUCCUGCCCUACUUGGGAUGUACCAAAAUAGCCAUCAUCAGAAGCUAUGGUAACACGGAGGGAGUUCUGCAGCAGAGGCAAGGUGUGCACAGCCUGGGUUCUGAAGGGGAAACCCAGUCUGCAGCCAAGGGGCUGCAUGUGGAAAGCGGGGUGGUCUCCAAUGAUAAGAUGGAAAUGAUUAAGAUGAAAAUGGCACUAAGUGGGGACUGUCUGGAAUACUGGUGGAACCCACACAAGUGCUAUUUUAGCCAGCUGUUUUCUGAGGUCUGGUUUUUGAAUAAGAACAAGUCUGUUGCCACCAUGAACAAACAGUGCAGCUCCCAGGAUCCUUUUUCUGGGUUCUCGUUCCACACCCACUAUCUCUUUGAAAGUGAGAGGUCACCUCUGUUCCCUCCUCUGUGGAGUCAUUCUUCCUUCCUGGAACUGAAUGCUAUGGUUUAGCUCAGUUCACCCUCUGUCUUCAUGAGUCUCAAGAUUCUCACGUCUAUCACCAUCUCAUACCACUGUCAGGCAUGAGGAAGAGCAGCAUGUGCCAAGACGAAAUGAGCAGAGCAUUGGAACAGUGGCAUUAAGGAAAGAAAAGCGGCGGCUCUGAGGUCCCUGGAGAACCUGAGCUUUUUCCACCCUCUCCCCUAAGGAAAUGCCUCUGCAUCAGUUGAGGGCCUGGUUCUCAACCCCUCCUACGUUCUCAAGAACUCAGUUUUAGUGUCUCACUUUUGUCUUCAACCUCGCCUCCUUUUAGGAGUGUCCAAUCUUCUAACAUUGUGACAUACUGCCAUCUACAAAGUUCACACCCAAAACUCACGUAUUCUGGGACAAAAGGCUUAGCUCAGAAGUUGAGUACUUCAGGGGCUGGGAAAGUUAAUUCUCUCCAUUUAAGUAGCUUGUCAAUGGGAGACUCAGUCAAGGCAAGUAGGAGAAAACUCUUGUUACAUUUGUUCACUCAUUAGGAACAGAGCCAGGGACUACACAAAGCAAAAGGGGGGGGGGAGCUGACUCUUGGACAGGGGUGCACAAUCUUAGGGCUCUUUAGAGGAAGAGAGCUGAGAGGAUGGAUAUAUAGUUAAGAUGAGAUUUAUUAGCUUACACAAUAUGGUCUGAGUAUAGUUGUCUCACACUACAAAGACCAAGAAUCUGGUAUCUGCUCAGGCCCAAAGGCUAGGUACCCAACUCAGCAGUACCUACAUUGGUGAAGGCCUGGAGGAUUCCUGAGGAGCUUUGGGCCUUCCAUCAACACUGGAAGCCUGAAGAAGUUGGUCCUAAAGUCAGCUAAAGGAGCAGCAGCAGCAGCAGCAGCAGCAGCAGCAGCAGCAGCAGAAUAGAUGAACUUGCCAUCAAGAAUGAAGGCCAAGCAGGCAAAAGAGCAAAACUCUCUGGCUUCCAUAUUGUUUCAUCUGAGCACUAACAGAAGGCCCCUCCCAUAUUUAGGGUGGAUCUUCCCACAGCAGUUAAGACAGUCAAGACAACCCCCAACCCCCACAGAUGUGCCCACAGGUGAACAUGACAUAGACAAGCCUACAUUGAGGCUUUCUCCCCAGGGGAUCCUCCGUAGUCAAAUUCACAAACACAUCAUUACUUUAAAACCUUAACUUUCACCUCUAGUCUCCAAAGUCUCAUGUUUACUUUAUAUAAUACAUACUGUAUAAUGUAUUCCAGCUUUUUAAAAGCCCCUAAGCAGAGCUAGUGAUGGGUCAAUGGCCAAGAGCACUGGCUACUUUUUCAGAGGCCCUGAAUUUAAGCCCCAGCACCCACAUGGCAGCUCACAAUCAUCUGUAACUCUAUUUGCCCACCUGACACCUUCUGACUUCCAAGGGUAUCAGGCACACUUGUGGUAUACAGACAUACAUUCAGACAAAAACACAUACAUAAAAUUUAAAAUAACUUAUUAAAGUAAAAAUUUGGGAGUGGAGACAAGGGUAUGUGUCAUAACAGUUUAUAAUAAGUUUCAGGAGAUUUGACACACUUGUCUGGCUUCUGAGGGCACUGCAUGCACAUGGUACAUAGACAUGUGCUCAGACACACAUAAAAUAAGUAUUUCUUAAAACCCCAAUUUCUUUACAAAUCUCAACACUUUAAAAGUCCAAAGUCUCUAAGUGAGCUAUAAAAAUCAAAACCAAGUUAUAUACUCAGGGCCAUAACAAAUAAUCACACCAAAGGGGGGGGGGGGUCAAAAUCCAGCUAAGAAAACACAAAAUAUUGUAGUUUGUGUGCCCAGCAUCUGCAACCUUGAAUGUAAGGUUCUGGACUCCCAAGGGCUUACGUAGCAAAGUCUUUAAAAGAAUGGUUAGUCUUAUACCUUAAAUAUGGUAAUGUAGAUUUAUGAGACAUAACCACUGACAUCUCAAUAGAUACUACAUUUCAUUAUAAAGAAAUGGCAAACAAAAAAAACAAAACAAGAAAACAAAACAAAUUAAAAGCCGGGCAGUGGUGGCCCACGGCUUUAAUCCCAGCACUUGGGAGGCAGAGGAAGGCGGAUUUCUGAGUUCGAGGCCAGCCUGGUCUACAGAGUGAGUUCCAGGACAGCCAGAGCUACACAGAGAAACCCUGUCUCAAAAAAAAAAAAAAAAAAAACCAAAAAAAGAAAUAGGAGAAAACACAGUAUCUGCUUUCUAUAUGCACAAACAUGUUUUUAACAGGACAAAAACGUCAGUUACAGACCUCUUUUCUGUAAGGUCACAUGGCCACCGUUGGUAUUCACAACUGCCUUCCUGUACUACCUAUUCUGUAUUUCCUCCACCCUCAGCAAGCACAUUAGUGAGUCUUGGUUCUUUACCUGGAGUUAGGGAGACCCAUAUCUUCAUUACUGAAGGAUCUGGGCAAUCUAAUCAUCCUGUCUGGGUUGGGCUGUUGUAGUUUCCCAGAGUUUAAUCACAGGACAUGGAACACAAAAGAGAUGCCCUGAAGACACAUCCCUGUAUGUUGGGUUUCCCUAAUGCUUAUGCAUGUCCACAAUACCUGCAGAUACAAAAUCUUACGAUGAGUUAAGUCAUUUCUCUCUUUUUCAAAUCUUAAUUUUUGAAUAUGAAUGUUUUGAACUUCCAGUGUUGUGUAUCCAUCAGAUAAGACUGCUGCUCAGACAUGAGUUUAAGCCAAUACAAACUCUCUUAGCUGACCAGUAACCUUGCUGGGUGUUCAGAAUCCCAGCGUAGCCCAAAGUCUUACUCAGGGCGAGUUAAGCACGGACAACAAUCUGGGUUGACAUACUUCAGUUGAGCUGGGUGACUACAUUUAGAAACUAUGAAGUAUGUAUGGCCUUUGAUGGCCGUGGUCAUUGUUUUCAUUUUACCAAGUGGUGCUGCUUGCUGAGUUUCAUGGCCUGAAUGGUACCACCAUCAAUGGAGUCUGUUGUGUUAACGUCCGGGAUCCUGUUAUGGAGGGUUGUGAGCUGUCACGUGAAUUCUGAGAACUGAACCUGGAUCCCCUGAAAGAACAAGUGCUUUUAAACACCGAGUCACUCCAGUCUGCUCAAGGCUCUUAUAUUAAGUGGCACAGUAUUCACAUGAAGUAUUUUACUUGCAGGUUUUGCUGUUGGAGAGAGGAUCUCACCUGAUCCUUCAACAUGGCCUUGAACUUGCAAUCAUGUCCCAGUUCCUAGAUUACCCAAACUGCCUAUAACCUGAAAGAAUUCCGGGCAGGUUUCACACGGACAUCUCACUCCAAUGAAUUCGGCUUGCAGCUAGGUUUUUGUUCCUCAGUACUGAGUGGUGGAAUUAAAGGUGUGGACUACUACUUCCAGUUUACUUAGGUUUCCUUUUGCAGUACUACGGCCUCACAGGCGCUAGGCAGAUACUUUACCACUGAACACCCCCAACCCUUUCUGGUUCUUCAUUUGGUUGCUUUUUGGUAGUUGUGUUUUUGUUUGCUUUUGAGACAGGGUCUCAAUAUGUGAGGCUGGCCAUCUUGGAACUAUGAAGAUCAAGCUAGCCUGGAAUUCAGAGAUCUGCCUCUGUACUGGGAUUUAAUCAAGUACUGGGAUUAAAAUGAGCACCACUAUGACCAGCCAGUUUUGUAUUUUUAUUUAUUUUUGGGAGAGGGUCUAAGUUGCUCAGGCACGCUCAACAUAGAUUUGAAUUUUAUCUGUGGCCCAGAAUAGGCCUUAAAGUUUUGAUUCUCCUGCCUCAACUGUCUGAAUAGCUGUGAUUGUGGGUCUGGUCUGUAUUAAUGAGGAUCUUCUUGUUACUCUGGCUGGCCUGGGCUGAUCCUCUUGCCUCAGCCUUCCAGUAACUGUGACUUUAGUUGAAAAUGCCCAUGACCUGACUGACUUCAGAUACUUAAAUUAUCUCUGGAGUACUUAUAGCACUAAAUAUGACGUUAACGACAUAGCUGAAAUGUGUAGAGAAUGACAAGAAAAAUACCUUGCAUGUAUUUAACACAAAUUUUCAGAAGACACUUCAUUGGCAGUCAGUUGAAUCAAGAACAAAUGUGUGCAUUAAAUGCGAUCUGGCUUUUUCUCUUUCACUCUGCUGGAUCUGGGGGAACUGAAUUUAGGGCUUUCCUCGUGCUAGCCAAGUACUCUACCACCGUGCCAGCUAGUCUCCUUUUGCAGUUCUUGCAGAUCGAUGGAUGAAACACCCUGAAAAUAAGGGACUUGACUUCUCCCUUGGAACCCCCUUUGUCCUCUCUCAAAAGUUUGGAACUAUUGCUCUAGAAAUGCUAGUUUCUCUGAGACCCGUUUCCGGAUGGUUAAGGAUGGGUCUGACAUUCUGGUUCACAUUCUCGUUAAAACUCAAGCAGAAGAAUUAGACCAACCGGAAUCCCUUCUUAAACAACUGAACCGCUUUAGAGUGCUGUAGUCAGCUAAAAGCACACAAAACACGAGUCCUGGUCCAGGACGCAUACGGUUCGUCCCGCAGCUGAAUCCCUCCGGGGACUUCAUCUCCUGUGGGCCCUAGCUGGUCCUGCAGCUUGGGGCAAAUUUACAGCUCCCAACGAGGAAAUCUGUGGACAUCUAUCAUAAAGCAGCAAUUGGGGCAGGUGACCUUUAGAGUCCGUCCCGCAGGGCUCUCCAGCCCCAUGUCGGGAAGAGCUACCACAAGCUUCCAAGUCUCCGCAGACUGAGAUCCACCCUCCCCAAGGCCCGUCCACGUGAGAAUCACGUUGCACCCGCCUCGUGCUCCCCCCAGAUCCACGGCCAGUCUCCUCAGCCACCCACCACACCAUCGGAGGCCUCCAAAGUCACUGACCACAACGCCUCCCGCUAGUGUCUCGGCAGCGAUUGGCGCGCGAACCUCCUCAAACUGGGACGGCGGCCGACACGUGACCAACGUGCUUAACCCGCGUUUGACAGUGGCUUUGGCUCCCGGCCCGCUGCCCGCGCUCCCUGUGCGCACGCGCGAGCUCCAAUGGUCCUCCCGGCGACUGUUUCUAGGGCGGGCUUGCGCAUGCGCCGCGCGACCCAAGUGGCCCUCAGGAGAAGGGGCCGGCGGCGGAGGCUCCGACGCGCAUGCGCAGUAGCUGGAUGCGGGCGUCGCUUGCCUCUUCCCCCUCCCCCUCUCUUUUCCCUCCGAUUGGUUCGGAGGCGUCCAUUCGAGUUACAAGAUGGCGGCCCCGGGCGCUCUCUUCACCGUUCUGUAGCAGCUUCGGGCUGAGCGGAUGUCUCUUCUUGUCCUCAGUGUCGGACUCAGAGACACACGGCUCCCGAGUUCUGCUGAUCACGAAGUUCCCGGAGGCGCUCGACGCACCGGAAUCUCCCAGCGGCCGCGACCGCCGCCUCGGCCCUGCUCGCCGCGGCGCCGGGACUCCAGCGUGAUCGGCGGCGGCAGUCAAGGUUCACAAAAAUGGCGAAGAGAGUUGCGGAGAAGGAGUUGACUGACAGGAACUGGGAUGAGGAAGACGAAGUUGAAGAGGUACAGAGCCGCUCCCUUUGUCUCUUGCUGUCUGUGUCUCAGCUCAUGUUACUUUUCUUGGUGAAGACUAUGCUAGAACUUAAAAACCUUCAAGAAAACACAGCGGGAGAGGUUUGGUUCCUGAUGGGAACAUUCUCAGUGGCCAGUGAGGAAGUCAUGAAGAACAGAGCCGUAAAGAAGGCAAAGCGCAGAAACGUUGGAUUUGAAUCUGAUAGCGGAGGAGCCUUUAAAGGUUUCAAAGGUUUGGUUGUGCCUUCUGGAGGAGGAGGGUUUUCUGGAUUUGGUGGCUCUGGAGGAAAGCCUCUGGAAGGACUGACAAAUGGAAACAGCACAGACAAUGCCACGCCCUUCUCCAAUGUAAAGACAGCAGCAGAGCCCAAGGCAGCCUUUGGUUCUUUUGCUGUGAAUGGCCCUACUACCUUGGUGGAUAAAAAGAUUUCAAGUCCCAAAUGCAAUAACAGCAAUCAGCCGCCCUCCUCCGGCCCUGCUUCCAGUACCGCCUGCCCUGGGAAUGCCUAUCACAAGCAGCUGGCUGGCUUGAACUGCUCCGUCCGCGAUUGGAUAGUGAAGCACGUGAACACAAACCCGCUUUGUGACCUGACUCCCAUUUUUAAAGACUAUGAGAGAUACUUGGCGACGAUCGAGAAGCAGCUUGAGAAUGGAGGCGGCAGCAGUUCUGAGAGCCAGACAGACAGGGCGACGGCUGGAAUGGAGCCUCCUUCCCUUUUUGGUUCAACAAAACUACAGCAAGAGUCACCAUUUUCAUUUCAUGGCAACAAAGCGGAGGACACAUCUGAAAAGGUGGAGUUUACAGCAGAAAAGAAAUCGGACGCAGCACAAGGAGCAACAAGUGCCUCGUUUAGUUUCGGCAAGAAAAUUGAGAGCUCGGCUUUGGGCUCGUUAAGCUCUGGCUCCCUAACUGGGUUUUCAUUCUCUGCUGGAAGCUCCAGCUUGUUUGGUAAAGAUGCUGCCCAGAGUAAAGCAGCCUCUUCGCUGUUCUCUGCUAAAGCAUCCGAGAGUCCGGCAGGAGGCGGCAGCAGCGAGUGCAGAGAUGGUGAAGAAGAGGAGAAUGACGAGCCACCCAAGGUAGUGGUGACCGAAGUAAAGGAAGAGGAUGCUUUCUACUCCAAAAAAUGUAAACUAUUUUACAAGAAAGACAACGAAUUUAAAGAGAAGGGUGUGGGGACCCUGCAUUUAAAACCCACAGCAACUCAGAAGACCCAGCUCUUGGUGCGGGCAGACACCAACCUAGGCAACAUACUGCUGAAUGUUCUGAUCGCCCCCAACAUGCCGUGCACCCGGACAGGAAAGAACAACGUCCUUAUCGUCUGUGUCCCCAACCCCCCACUCGAUGAGAAGCAGCCCACUCUCCCGGCCACCAUGCUGAUCCGGGUGAAGACGAGCGAGGAUGCCGAUGAAUUGCACAAGAUUUUACUGGAGAAAAAGGAUGCCUGAGCACUGAGGCUGACCAAGGCAUGUUGCCACGUUGCUGCUUCCCCUCCGUCCCUAACUUAGUCACAUUCUUUCCUCUUCUACUGUGACAUUCUGAGAACUUCUAGGUAACUUGAACUUUUGUGAGGAAGAUUAAGGCCAAUAAAUCCUUUCAGUGUGUCGAAGCUCUUCUCCCUUCCUAAGAACUAAGCAAAAUACAUUGGAGUGAAAAGUGUGGGAAGAUGGUUUUUAAUGUUGAUUCAUUGAGUAAACUAACCUAAGUGAUUCUUAAUGGACUAUAAUCAGGGUACCAGUUAGCUCUCCAAAGGCUCCCUCAGGCAGCAGUGGUGCCGCUCUCUGCCUUCCCCAGGAGACCCAGUGUUCCUGAAGACACCGCCCGUUUCCUUCCUGUGGGCUUGUCUGACCAUGACUAGCACUCCUGCCAGACAGCACACCGCCACACUGUGACCGACCGCGCUUGCCCAUUCCUUCUGAGCUGACUGGGUACUGGGAAUCUGUCGUCAGCCUGUCUCGGCUGGUGCUGGCCUUUGACCUGGAGCUGCUUGACUGAACCAGGAACCGCCUUUCCAUGGGAAAGACCAUGAGUGGUGGCUCGUGGGGAGCUGGCGGUGGACAGACUGGGUCUGGAGUUUAUCCAUGAGGUGCUCUUACUAGCUUUCCUCCCUAGUUAGCAUGGACGGGGGCUGUCAGGAAUAAUGGAUUUUAUUAAAAGCACAAAUUUGGUAGUGUUUUUAUAUCAUUUCUAUACCACAAAUAAGCCUUUAUUUUAAAAGAAAAAAGUGAAAUCGUGCUGAAAAGGGUUGUGUGCUCAUGGCCGUUUGUGCCCUGCUGAGCCCUGGUGGGCACAGUCUGAAUGGAGUUCUCUCACGAGCCGUGUGCUCAUGAGAAGCAAGAGUAUGGGAGUGGAAGACGGCUCAUUUGGCCCGUAGCUUCAGACAGCAGCAUAUUAUUUGGCGUCUGAAGAAAACAUUUUUAUCUUUACUUUUUUAAGGAUGAGGUAUUAUUGAGUAUGUCCAUUUGGAAGAGAGCCAUGGUUCUACACGCUGGUCAUGUUACCUCAGAGCGGUGAGGUUGCUAAUACUAGUAUUCUCUGAAGACCAGACAUGGGUUAAAUUCGAGAUUUGAUGACGAGCUGGUCAUGGUUCCUGUCUAAUCCCGGUGCUGGAAAAGCUGAGGCAGGAAGAUCAUUUGAGUUCACAGCAGCUUGAGCUACUGUAAGACACCUCCCCCACCCCCAAUAAAAUCAAAUAGAAUAGAAAGUUUGACUCUUUAAAAGUCCACUUGCAUUUCUCAUAAAACCAUUUGACACUAGGACCAGAUCUUGUCUGAAGGCUCAGGGUCAGUACCCAGGGGCGCACACUUGUGUGAUCAGGUUCCGACAAAAGCUGGGUGGCACAGUUGCUUUCUUAAAGCUGCCGUGCUAGGUGGGAUGAAACCUGGUUAACUUUUAUUUUCACAUGGGUCUUAGUCUCACUAUGUAACCCUGGCUAGCCUUGAACUCAGAUCCACCUGCCUCUGCCUCCUGAGCCCAGAGAUGUUCUUGAGGUGGGGUGACAGUGCUCUGUGCAUUUUGGCACGUAUCUGCAGAUGCAUGUUUGUGCUUCUUGGGCUGUGGACCUAAGGAGAUGCUGUGCGGUUUGGUUUGGUUUUGCCUUGUAGCAUGGAGAAUUGGUUCCUAGCAAGCAGGUUGCUGCUUCUGUUGGCCCUGGCCCUGGCUUCUUCACAUUGGGCUUCCCAGCUUUCCAAAGAUGAAACAAGGGGUGUGCAUUUCAGAACAGUACUGUGUAGCCACGUGCCUGUGGGGCUGACACGUGUCAAACUCACAGGCACUUUCAGGAACUUGUCUCUUCAUGGUGGCAGUGCUCUGUGAGCAUCUGCCCAUGCCUUGAAUAUUUACCAAAAGAAUAAAAGCAAAAAAGAUCAUGACUGGACUGCCUUCUAGAGCUCCCCGGCCAAUUUCAGUUGUAAAUUAGUGAGGGUGGCUUGCUUUUUUUUCUAACAUUCCAGCAAUUUGCUGCUAAAGACUAUCACUUUUGGAAACAAGAAUUACAGGGGAGAUGUGUGGGGUGUGACUGUAACUCGGUGUCUUGUCUUUAUGCUUUAGGAGCUAGCUCAUUGCAUCUGACCUGAGUAUGGGAAUCACUAUGAAGUCUGAGUGUCACAGGGAGGCCCCCGGAGGGCACUCUGUUCUUCUUCCACUGUGUGUGUAGCUGGUUCCAACCCAUGGCUUAAACUUCAUUUAUGGUUUAACGUGUUAGAAACUUGCAUCUUGUCUGUUUAAUGUGAACUGAGGUGUGUAUCUCCAGUUUGAAAAUCUCACGUUGUGUCUUACAUUUGCCUGAAGGAAGUGUGUGUUCUCUGUGGUCAGGGUGCAUCUGGCAGAUGCUAAGCCUGGGCCUUCCCACACUAUAGCUCACACUAUGACACAUUCCCAGCCCUGCCAUGUCCUCCUCAGAGAGCCACACUGUACAGGCUGUGUCUGUGUCAGUGACAGGUCCGACUGUUGGUGGGCUGAUGCUCUGUUUUACCAUUUCAGUUCUGAAUCCUGUUUUUUUACAUGCUGUGUGCCAAAAACCAAAACAAACCAACAACAACAACAAAAAAAAUACCUCCUAUGGCAUAGAGGGGAAUUCACCUUGCUGUCAGGGAAAGCCGUUUCCCUACCUUUUGAACAUUACGAAGUCUGUUCUUGCCAGUUUCUUCAUUAUGUUACUAUCUCUGAAGAUGAGAAACAGCCCCUUGAGGCUGCAGAGUACCCACUUAGACCACUGGAGUGGGAUUUUAAGGAGAUGGCCUGCUCUGUCACUUGUAGGUGAGGUUGGGAGUUCUUCAGGGCGUCUUUCUAGCCACAUGCUCUGUACACAGCCACCAAGUGCUCUCCAGAAGCAAUCACAAGCCUGAGGACUGUCCCUUAACACAGAUUUGUAAAAGUGACGUCAGACUUCGUAGCCAGCACAUGGAGUGAUCCGCCUUCUACUCGGAACGGGAACUUGUUUUCUCCAGCUAAAAUACUUGAAUUGUCAGGCAGUGUAAUCUCAGUGUGUGUUAGCUUUUGAAUGAGCCUUUAAGGAAGUGUAACAAUCCAUGAAAUGUGAAUAAAUGGAAAGUUGAAAAACCA